AUGUAUAGCAUGAUGAUGGAGACGGACCUGCACUCCCCAGGACCCCAAAUUAAUUCGAGUGCAGGACAAACAGGACCAAACACGGGGAGUAAGUCUAACCAAGACCGAGUGAAAAGACCAAUGAACGCAUUCAUGGUGUGGUCCCGGGGCCAACGGAGAAAAAUGGCUCAGGAGAAUCCCAAAAUGCACAACUCUGAAAUUAGCAAAAGACUCGGCGCCGAGUGGAAAAUGAUGACAGAGGCUGAAAAACGGCCAUUUAUCGAUGAGGCAAAACGGUUGCGAGCAAUGCACAUGAAAGAGCAUCCGGAUUACAAGUACAGACCAAGACGGAAGACCAAGACGCUGCUUAAAAAGGACAAAUACUCUUUGGCUGGUGGUCUCCUCGGCGGAGCAGGUGCAGGGGCAGGAGUAAGUCUUGGGGUCGGGAUGAGUGCAGCUGGGGUCGGACAGAGGUUAGAAAGCCCUGGGGGUCACACUGGCUCUGCCAGCGCUGGGUACGCGCACAUGAACGGUUGGGCAAAUGGAGCAUACCCUGGCCAGGUCGCUGCCGCCGCAGCAGCGGCUGCAAUGAUGCAGGAGGCGCAGCUUGCCUAUAGCCAACACCCGGGAAGUGGCGCACACCACCACCACGCUCAUCAUCAUCAUCCGCACAAUCCUCAACCCAUGCAUCGUUACGAUAUGACCGCUCUUCAGUACAGUCCCAUAUCAAAUUCCCAGAGCUAUAUGAGCGCAUCUCCGUCCGGGUACGGGGGGAUCUCUUACACGCAGCAUCAGAGCUCCAGUGUAGCAUCUUCGGGGUCUAUCGGUACGCUGAGUUCACUGGUAAAGUCCGAACCGAAUGUAAGCCCGCCGGUAACUACACACUCCAGAGGCCCGUGUCCAGGAGACUUGAGAGAGAUGAUCAGCAUGUAUUUGCCAACAGGAGAAUCCGGCGACCCGUCUGUUCAGAGUAGACUUCAUGCCUUACCACAACACUAUCAGAGUUCAACAACAGGAGUUAAUGGCACCGUUCCCUUGACGCAUAUUUGA